GUUCUCUCAGCUCCUACGCAACCAAUAUCAACAUGAGACUGAUCCUCCUAGUGGGCGCCCUCGCGGCUGUGGCCUCCGCCGCCCCCCGUCCCGACUCUCCUCCCGUCUACGGCGCUCCUCCUCCUACCUACAAGCAGCCAGGAAUGCCCUUCGAGUUCGCCUACGCCGUCCAGGAUGACUACUCAGGCAACAACUACGCCCACGCCCAGACCAGCGACGGCCAAGUCACCUCCGGAUCGUACCGCGUGGCUCUUCCCGACGGCCGAACCGAGAUCGUGGAAUUCACCGCCGAUCACGACAACGGCUACGUCGCCAACGUCGCCUACGAGGGGGAGGCCUCCUACCCCGCCCCUGCCCCCUCCUACCACCCUGCCCCCUCCUACCCCGCCCCCGCUCCCUCCUACCCUGCUCCACCACCCCCACCCACCUACGCCUAAACGCACCACGUUAACGCAAGCUCACCGGUAAAGCUCAAAGCAUGAAACAGAAAAUGCCCCCAGAGGCAAACCGCAAACAAAACCCAGUGUUUACUCCUUGCUCCUCAUUCAUAAACUUUCUUGUUGUUACGUUUGCAAUACAUUCAGUCUGUCACUAUUGCCAUAUAUUAAGUGCUGAUGGACGAAUGCCAUUUGACACUUUAAUUAUAUUAAGUUAUUCUUGUAAAUAAAUGCAGAUUUACGAAAACUUUGACGUAUAUUUUUUAACAGUGAUGAAUUCACCCGUACGUUUCACUCUCUCAUACUCUCUCUCUUAAUUUAUCCAUAUCAGUUUGUUACUUCCGCAGAUAUGUUUCGUAUGGUCAGUACAUCCAAUAUUUUUUUCUAUAAUUUGUGUCCCAGAACAUGCGCUGUGAACAUUAAACAUUUCAUCUUAUUUUUCAUAA